AUGAAAACACUUUUGGGACUCCGGGCUGGAGGGGUUAAGGAGGGAUACAAAAAAGCUCAAGGAGGGUCAAUCUGGAGCAAGAUCUGGCAUGGAAUCAAAUCCGGUUUUAGAUUUGCCAAGGAUAGUGGUUUACUUAGCAAGGCAGCCGAUGCCGCCGUUCCAGCGCUUGCAACUGCGCUUGGUCAACCAGAACUCGCAGUACCCGCCAGAGCAGGUCUUAAAGCCUUAACAGGAGUAGGACUGGACGGAUAUGACAGUGAGGAGGAGGGUGGUCGUAUCAGUAUGGCUGACGUAAAAAGACACGCUGGUAAUGCUCUUCGUUAUGCUAAGGAACGAGGCAUCCUUACGGAUAUUGCCGACGCUGGUGAGCGAUAUCUAGUCAGCAAGUCUAAUAAGAAAGACCAUCAUGACAUGAUCCAUCAG